CUUCAGCUUUACCUUUUUUCUUUUUGUGUUUAUUUUCAUUUUUGUUUGUUUAUUUAUUUUAGUUAGUGUGUGUGAUGGAAAGCAAUCGACCGUAGUGCAGGCUGAACCCUUGCAAGGUGCAAGAAUUUUCAGGGUUGGUCCGGUGCGGAAGAAUUUUGUACCGCAACAAGCAUGACGUUGCAACGGCUGUUCAUCGUCACGCGGUCACGGCGACGUCAUUGCAUGUAAUGAGCAGUGAAAUCAUUGGAUGCAAAGUGUCCAGUGACUAUAUAGCGCUUAUUAUCGAUUAUCCAAUUGGCAGUUCACCGGCCAAGAGUGAACUGGAAACUUUCAUUUCCACCCUGCCACUCAGCGCAGUGAACCAAAAGCAAUCCUACUACACCCACCUCCUCCCGCUUUAACGUCGCCCUUCUUCCUAGUGUCUUCGUUGUAAUCUUGUUUACUCGAUGACUGUACGCUCGGCUCGUGGCUGGCGCUUCGGGCAUUAAACACACUCCUAGACCAACCAGCUGCUGAUAUGUAACGACAACUAGUCAAACCAAAACAGCCACAACAAACAACGAGAUUUGCUUUCUUUUUCCCAAUUGCCGCAACACCCACAAAGAAAAGAACAUUGAAAAACACUUGCGGUUAUCGACGUUUUAAAAUUUAGGAACAAAUAUGACAGAUGGGUGAAAAACCAUAAUCGAUAUUUAUCGAGUGACCCAAAAGCAAAUCGAAUAAUUUACGUGGGGGUGUAUACGCGCUUGUCUGUUGACGAAAGGGGGGAAAGGUAAGCCCGUUGUCCUGGCGGUCUUGCAGCCUUUCCCUGUGCACCGGAUGUCAUAAGGAAACAUUAAAAGCAAACAAAAAAAAAAAAAAGGGAAGCCAUCACAUCUGGCGAGAUCUGGAAAGUUGUUGUCUUUCAUGUGUGUGUGUGUGUGGCUGUUUGUUUGGUGAAAGAACAACGGAAAACAGAAGAAAGAAUUAUCAGCUUCAAUCAUGUCCGGCCGAGAAGAAGGUGUCGGCUAAUGGACGAAGAAAACUUGGAUUCGGUGCUGCUCCGCGUUGUUCUCAAUAAUUUUUAAUAAUUCUCAAUCCGUUUCCGAAUUCCUCUUUGACGUAUCCGCUGUGGUAUAUUUUUUUUCGUGCGUGUCAAAGAGAAAAGUUUGCCACCGGAUAUUGGCUACGGAGGUAACUGCCACGGCCUUCUCAGCCAAGUUUUUAGAUCUGGAACAAACUAAAAUCCCAUCCAUAAUGGAGUGCUGAUACUUGUGCCCCGUUGUAAGACCUACUUCGGCCGCAAAACUUUGCGUAGCGUUAACGUCUUUCAAAUUCUUUCUCUGGUGCUAUCCUGAAUCAGUGACAAGGCGACUGGUGCGAUUAACGACUCGUUUGAGCCCAUAUUUUUUUUCUUUUGCACUUUUGUGAGCACACCCACGAUGGUGGCUCUUUGCUGAUCGUCCCAGUGGAACCAUCAACAUUUCGAAAAUUAACACUAUCAAGGUAGUGAUGCCGGGAGGAAGGCGGGGCCUCGUGGCCCCGCAAAACACCUUCUUGGAGAACAUCAUCCGUCGUUGCAGUCAACAACCCGACAGCAGUUUCCUCCUGGCAAACGCUCAAAUCGUCGACUAUCCGAUCGUCUACUGCAACGAAUCCUUCUGCAAGAUCUCCGGCUACAACCGGGCAGAAGUGAUGCAGAAAUCGUGCCGGUGUUCGUUCAUGUGCGGCGAAAUGACGGACAAGGAAACGAUCCAGCGGGUGGACGAGUGCCUGGAGCAGUACACUCAAGACCAGUUCGAGAUCCUGCUCUACAAAAAGAACCGUUCGCCGCUGUGGCUGCUGUUGCAGAUAGCGCCCAUUAAAAACGAGCGCGAUGUCGUCGUCCUCUUCUUGUGCACUUUCCGCGACAUCACGGCCCUCAAGCAGCCGCUCGAGAGUGAAGAAUCCAAAGGUUUGAGCAAAUUCGCCAAACUGGCUCGUUCGGUGACGCGCAGCCGGACCGUUCUGGUCUCCCAAUUCUCCUCGCACAUCCCGGCCGCUACGAAGGAAGUGGCUGCCAUCAAUAAGCAGUCCAACUUUGCUCACAUGAUGAGCCUGAACGCGGACGUCCUGCCGCAGUACCGCCAAGAGGCGCCGAAAACGCCGCCGCACAUCUUGCUGCAUUACUGCGCCUUCAAGGCCCUGUGGGACUGGAUCAUCCUCUGCCUCACCUUCUACACGGCCAUCAUGGUGCCCUACAACGUGGCCUUCAAGAACAAGACGUCGGAGGACGUCAGUUUGCUGGUCGUCGACUCGAUCGUCGACGUCAUCUUCUUCAUCGACAUUGUCCUCAAUUUUCACACGACGUUCGUCGGGCCGGGCGGCGAGGUCGUCUCCGACCCAAAAGUCAUCCGCAUGAAUUACCUCAAGAGUUGGUUCAUCAUCGACCUCCUCUCCUGCUUGCCUUACGACGUCUUUAACGCGUUCGACCACGACGAAGAUGGUAUCGGGAGUUUGUUCAGCGCUCUGAAAGUGGUUCGAUUAUUGCGACUGGGCCGUGUGGUGCGCAAAUUGGACCGCUACUUGGAGUAUGGAGCGGCUAUGCUGAUUUUAUUGCUCUGCUUCUACAUGCUGGUGGCCCACUGGCUGGCCUGCAUCUGGUACUCGAUCGGCCGCUCCGACGCCGACAACGGCGUCCAGUACAGCUGGCUGUGGAAGCUGGCCAACGUCACCCAAUCGCCGUACGCCUACGUCUGGUCCAACCACAGCAAUUCGCCCGAGCUGGUCAACGGGCCGGCCAGGAAGACCAUGUACGUCACGGCGCUCUACUUCACCAUGACCUGCAUGACCAGCGUCGGAUUCGGCAACGUCGCCGCCGAAACCGACAACGAAAAGAUCUUUACCACCUGUAUGAUGAUCAUCGGAUCUUUGCUGUACGCGACCAUCUUCGGUCACGUGACGACCAUCAUCCAGCAGAUGACGUCGGCGACGGCCAAAUACCACGAGAUGCUCAACAACGUCCGCGAAUUCAUGAAACUCAACGAGGUGCCUCGGGCCCUGUCGGAGCGGGUCAUGGACUACGUCGUCUCCACCUGGGCCAUGUCCAAAGGACUCGAUACUUGCAUGGUGCUGAAUUACUGCCCCAAGGACAUGAAGGCCGACAUUUGUGUCCACCUCAAUCGAAAGGUCUUCAACGAACAUCCGGCCUUCCGGCUGGCCAGCGACGGCUGCCUCAGGGCCCUGGCCAUGCACUUCACGAUGGCCCAUUCGGCGCCGGGCGACCUGCUGUACCACACGGGCGAAUCCAUCGACACGCUGUGCUUCAUUGUCACGGGAUCGCUGGAGGUGAUCCAGGACGACGAGGUCGUCGCCAUUUUGGGUAAAGGUGAUGUCUUUGGUGACACAUUCUGGAAGGAAGGAACGGUGGGUCAAUCAGCAGCCAACGUCCGGGCAUUGACUUAUUGCGAUCUGCACGCCAUCAAACGGGACAAGCUCAUCGAAGUCUUGGAUUUCUAUCACGCAUUCGCCAAUUCCUUUGCCCGCAAUCUCAUCCUCACCUACAACCUGCGGCACAGACUGAUCUUUCGAAAAGUGUCGGACAUGAAACGGGAGAAGGAACUGGCGGAGCGUCGUAAAAACGAGCCGAAAUUAGACCAAAAUCAGGAUCAUUUGGUGCGCAAAAUAUUCUCUCGAUUCCGCAAAGGAGGGUCCACUUCUUCCGGCAAUCUUCUGUCUGGCAUCGCUGCGCCUCCGUCGAGUACUCCGGCACCCACCGUGGGCAACGCCAAUAGCAACGGUCCGUGCGGCUCGCAGGCCGGGACGCCGAGCCACAGUGGCCGCGAUGUGGAACGGGGUGAAGUGCUUCAACAUCAACUGUCGGGAGAGUUCGAUCUGUCCGCUGGGCAACAGCACAUUCGUUCGGGAAGUAGUAGCCCCCGUCGGGAGAAGAUCGGACUCGUGAAAGCCGUCAAGGAAGACGAAACAAUGUCGAACGGAUCUCGGGCCAGUUCGGCAAAAAGUAAAUGGGGUAGAAUGAUGCGCGGUAGUUCCGGCUCUAGCGACGCUGUACAAGAGAGCGAGGCGAGCGGGAGUACGCAAACAACAGCUGCGGCGGUCAAUCCGGCAGCGACGGCGGCUUUAAAAAUGAUUGAAACAGCGACGGCGAGCGGUCGAGCGCAAUCGGCCGGCUCAGGCAACAAAAUCCAUCCCAAGUUGAGUCGAGUGCCGGAGAGGCAGGAAACGAGCGUGGACGAAGCCCUUCCGCUGGAUCGGAGCCGGCUUACAGCCAGCCAAGCGUUCAGCACAACCGUGUCUGCGGAUUACAAUCCGCCCGCUAGCCAUUCGCAGCGGCAGAUGACGAGGUCCGAUUCCUCGUCCAUCAUCGAUUCGUUCACAGAGCUCAAGCAAGAAGUGCGCAGCGAAGUCCAACGAAUUAAUCACAAAAUGUCCAGAUUGGAGGACAUUUUGGGAGAGAUCCUCGUCCGUUUGACGCCGGCCAGCGUCGCUGCGGCCACCGCCACGCCCGUCAAACCGCCGCCUCCACCUCUACCUAGCGCCCGAUCGCCCGGUGGCCGCGUCCGUCACGCUCAAGUCGCUCCCGCUCCAUCAGACGUGGCUCCCUCUUUAGCAACGCAGCCGUUUUUGAACGUGCCGGGCAACGCCGAUGCAACAGCCACUCCUGUAGCUAUUGACAUCGAUAGUGGCGCUAGUUCGCGCCCGACCGGACGCAGCAGCGGGAAGCCGCAAAUCGGCAACGCCGGUGGCACUCGAAGUCGAAGCCGUCCGAGGUCGGCGGGAACGGCCGACAAGUUGACGACACAAUUUCAAGAGUACGUCUGACAGUUUGAUUCUUUUUUUUUCUGCAAGAGAAAUGACAAUAAUUCGUGAAACUUAUGGUAAUAAUUUUUUAUUCAAUAAUUAAUUGGACGAGGUGGGCAAUGGAGAGAGAUCCGACUCAGAAUGGAUUGAAUUUACACACACAAUUUAAAUCUCAAUUUGAAUAGAAUUUUUUUUUAUUAUUAUCUAUACAUAUACACCACAUGUACAUAAUGUUACGUCAUCACAAAGAGACAGAAUGCAAUCAUGAAAUGACGUGUAUAACUUAUUAUUCAUUUUUCCCCCCACUCUAGUCUUCAAUUGUUUUCACCCCGCUCUCUUUUUCCCAUUCUAAAUGUUGUUAUUAUUAUGCGUGUUUUGCUCUGGUUUCUGUUGUUUUCCUUUUUCAUUUUUUAGAUCAUCUCACUCAUUAUUUAUGUUUUUUUUUUUUUUUUUUACCUAUUUACUCUUUUUAAUUAUUCCCAUAAUUUUUCUAUUCAAUAUGAUCAAUUAGUGAGCGCUCAACUUCGAGUCGUCGAGUUUUAUUCAAUCCCGUUUGUUUUGUUUGUUUCAUUUCCUAUUUUGGGACGAGUACAUUUCUAGUCUAUACGCCUUUGAUUUCAAAUAGCUCGGCCAUACAAGGUAGAGCGCCUAAUUUUGAGGCACUUUAUUGAAAUGAGCUUGAUGCAAAUCUCACCUCUCUCCCUCUCAAAAAUCUGAAAAAAAGAAAGCCAAACACAGAAAAUGAAGGAAACGAAAAAAUAAAUUUAAAAAAUGUACAUCUCCGCUCUCUCUCUCUCUCUCUCUCUCUCUCUCUCCCUUCUGUGUUCUAUGCAAGAUGAGCCUCUCUGUAAAUGAUAUUAGUCUACCGGAGCGUAUCAGCCUGAGUUUGCGUGAGAAUAAGAGCGGGAGCUUAUAAGUUUGGAGAAGCUUAGCGAACGCGUAUUAGCGUGAACGAGUUAUCAUUUUGGUUGGUACAUUGAAAAUACUUCUCUGCUGCUUUCCCCACCUCCAAGUCUGUAAACCAAAAGGGGGGAGGGAAAGAAAAUUGAGCAUUUGUCUUUUUUUUUUUUCUACACUUCUAACUCAUUUAAAAGCUCUGCGUCUAGCCUUCGAAAAGCAAAACACAUCCUGAGGGGGACAAAAGGGGGAAAAGAGAGGAAGGAAACGAUUAAAUUGGUCUCGAACAUAGGGCAUUACUGUGCGCUUUUUCUAGCCAAAUAUUUGCAUGUAGAAGAACAAAAUAAAGAAUGGCUGUUUCUUUUUUUCAAACAACAAUAUCGAUCCGUCCACUCUCUUCAAUAAAAUGAUAAGCCAGCUAAAGGGAAAGGAUGAACAGGAACGACUUUUGUGGGACACACAGGCACACAUUGCAAACACAACCAAAACUCUCUUUCAAACUAUGCGCUGUUUGUAUAUUACAGUUAAAAACAUGGGCGCAAUCUCUUGGUACGGUGAUCAUUCAUAAUCGAGAGGGAGACGCUAUUAGCUGCAGAUUACAAAGGAAGUGAAAACGAGAAAAGAAUGUAGAGAACAGUCAUAGUUUUUUGGAGAGGGACCAUUCAAGUUGACGAGAAGAAAAACAAUUGCAUAACAUCUUACGCCAUGUCCGGCCAUAAUACGACAUCCCUCAGUUUCCAGGCCUCCUUUUUUAAAAUUUGAAUAGACUUGAAUUUCAAUUUUGUGUUUGUUUUUUUAUUGAUUUAUCCCUUUUCUUCUCGCUGGUUUACAAAAUGAAAUUUAUUUAAGAAAAAAAACAAAUUUUUGUCCGUGUCCCCAUCAUAUCUCUUUUUCCUCUUUAUUUGAAUAUAUAGGCGCCUAUUGUGUGUAUAGACGCUCUGAUGUGUAUUAUUACCUAUACUUACCUAUACCACUCACUAUCACUGCAUUUGUAUUUUACAAUUUGACAUGUACAUAAAUGCAUCAUACACAACCGUUCGAUCUGAA